AAGCGCAUUGAGAACAUGCGCCACCGCUGGCAGGGAGUCCUUAGCAAGUUCGUGGAGGAGACACAGAGUCGCAGUCAAGGUGGUGACUUUCAGCAAGUGGAAGUAGACGAAACCGUUGUGCGGAAACAAAAGGUGGGUGACACAGUGGCUUGGCAAACCUUUGUCGGCUCCAAAGUCCGAGGACAGCGCAAGUUCUUGGUGCUGCAAAAGCGCGGCUUCGCAAACAGCUUGUCGAAAGUCAGGCCCAGUGGUCUUUCGGCUCCUCCGCCGCUGACAACGGCAGAGUGGCAGAGCUUUGCGUCGGAGCACUUGCAGUCCAACACCGUCGUGCACACGGACGGCGCCCAGGCCUACUGCGCUCCUGUUCCGAACCUGCACCUCCGGCACGACAGCGUCAGCCACAGUACCAAGAAGGGCGGCCCGUACUUCACCAAGAACUGCACUCACAAGGGCGUGAAGAAGGUUGACAAGCGCAAGAGCAACCUCAAGACAGUGGCAGGAACACAGUGCAUUGACGGUACCUGGACUUCCCUGAAGCGCUCCUGCCUGGGAGUCAAUGCCAAGUAUCCUCACAAGAUCGAAGAUCAUGUCCGUGAGGCACAGUUUCACUCGUGGCAAGGCUCUGCCGACCCCUGGCACACUAUGGGGAGCGUGCUGCGUUGGCACCAAGACUCCGUGAAGGACCUACCUCUUUGCGUGAGUCUUUUACCUUUGCGGCAGCGGAAGGAGAUCAUAGAAGCAGCUCACUUGAAGACAGUUGCCACGACGUCCGCUGCGCUUCGCAACAGAGCCUUCGACGCUGCCGUGGUCCUUGCUCGCCGCGAGGUGGCUCUCCAAUCCGCACUUCAAAACAUAAAGCCCUGA